GCGUCCGUCUGUUGAUUAUUUAUGAAAAGAGCUCUUUCAAUAUAAAUAUAGUAUAGAUCUAAUAGCUUUAUAGUUUCUCGAUCUAAUUUUAAAGAUUAAACAAUAUAAUCUUUUAAAAAUUUAAGUAAAGCACCUGACUUAUCAAGAUGACAACAGCUGCUAGACCAACAUGGGAUAAAGCCAAAGGAGGUCGUGGUAAAGGAGAGGGUGAUCUUAGUGUUCUCUCCAAACAAUCUUCAAGUAGAGAUCUUCCAUCCCACACCAAAUCAAAAUACAGACAAGAAGGUCAAGGCACACAAGAAGAACUUAGAAAUCGUGACUUUCGUCGUGAAUUAGAGGAAAGAGAAAGAUCUUCACGAGAGAAGAGGGACAGAGGAAGAGAUUCUGGUAACAGUAGUAGUAAAAGACCAAGAAUUGAACAGAUACCUGCAGCUAACCUUGAUGCAGAUGAUCCAGUUGAUGAUGAUGAAGAUGAAGAGGAUUCUGAUGAUGAAGAUGACACAGCUGAACUAUUAGCAGAGCUACAAAGAAUAAAGAAAGAGAGAAUAGAAGAAAAAGCAAAAAUGGAAGCUGAAAGAAAGGCAGAGGAAGAAAGGAUUCGAACAGAAAAUAUUCUCAUGGGUAACCCAUUAAUGCAGCCAGAAAAGCAAUCAGCCACAGACUUUAAAGUUAAAAGGAGAUGGGAUGAAGAUGUUGUGUUCAAGAAUUGUGCCAAAGGUGAUGAGACAAGAACUUCAAGAGGUUUUAUAAAUGACACAUUACGCUCUGAAUUUCAUAAAAAAUUUAUGGAGAAAUAUGUAAAAUAGCCCUUUCAUUUUCUCUUGUAAUUAUAGAAAUAAAAAUCAAAA